AUGGAGUUGCAAGCAUAUAGUAAUAAGAAGCACUUGCAUUCAUUCUUGGAUUACUAUGAUAUACCAUACAAAGUUGUGGAGGUGAAUCCAUUUAGUAAGAAGGAGAUCAAAUGGUCUGAUUAUAAGAAGGUGCCGAUAUUGAUGGUGGAUGGUGAAUCACUGGUAGAUUCGUCAGCUAUUAUUGAUCAGAUGGGGAACAGGAUCAUUCCUGUGAAAUCUUCGUCAGCGCUCUCAAAUGAUGAUGAAGAGAAGAAGUGGCGCAGGUGGGUUGAUGAUCAUUUGGUUCAUAUGCUAUCACCAAACAUCUAUCGGAACACUUCUGAGGCUCUGGAAUCCUUUGACUAUAUUGCUAACAACGGUAACUUCAGCCUCUCAGAGAAAUAUGCAGUGAAAUAUGCUGGGGCUGCUGCUAUGUAUUUUGUGUCCAAGAAACUGAAGAAAAAGUAUAACAUUACUGAUGAAAGAGCAGCCUUGUAUGAAGCUGCAGAAACUUGGGUCAACGCACUUGACGGCAGAGAGUUUUUAGGAGGAUUGAAGCCUAAUUUGGGCGAUCUAGCUGUGUUUGGGGUGCUGAGACCUAUUCGAUAUCUAAGGUCAGGUAAAGAUAUGGUGGAGCACACGAGAAUUGGGGAGUGGUACUCAAGAAUGGAGAGUGCGGUUGGAGAAUCCUCUAGGAUAAAGGCAUAGAAGUCCAAGACUAACUAUUUUAGCAACAGGCAAGAACCAACCAAAGUUAUUCAUGUAGUUGUUUAAUUCUAAUCACACAUGCAUACAAUGAAAGACAGCAAUGUCUGAUUCUGAUCUACAAUCUGGAUGGAUUUGGUUGCUUCUCUUCCUCUUCCUCUUCUAGGGAUUGGAUACAAUUUUGCAUUUGGAAUUCAACUUUUAUUACUCAUGGAAUACAAGCACUGAG